AUGCGCGAGCACUUCGGGGUCGGGCGGCGCGCCCUCCGAGCCCGCGGGAUGCCGGAGGCGCGCGCGCCCCUGCCGGCCGGACCCGACCCCGCUGCCCUGUCCCCGCAGGUGGACCGCUUGCUCGUGGGGCUGCGCUGGCGGAGGCUGGAGGAGCCGCUGGGCUUCAUCAAAGUUCUCCAGUGGCUCUUUGCUAUUUUCGCCUUCGGGUCCUGCGGCUCCUACAGCGGGGAGACGGGAGCACUGGUCCACUGCAACAACGAAGCCAAGGACGUGAGCUCCAUCAUUGUUUUGUUCGGCUAUCCCUUCAGGUUACACCGGGUCCAGUAUGAGAUGCCUCUCUGUGAUGAUGACGCCACCUCCAAGACCAUGCACCUCAUGGGGGACUUCUCUGCCCCUGCUGAGUUCUUUGUGACCCUUGGCAUCUUUUCCUUCUUCUAUACUAUGGCUGCCCUAGUCCUCUACCUGCGCUUUCACAAACUCUACACGGAGAUCAAACGCUUCCCACUGGUGGACUUCUGUGUGACUGUGUCCUUCACCUUCUUCUGGCUGGUAGCUGCAGCUGCCUGGGGCAAGGGCCUGACAGACGUCAAAGGGGCCACACGGCCGUCCAGCCUGACUGCAGCCAUGUCUGUGUGCCACGGCGAGGAAGCAGUGUGCAGUCCUGGAGCCACCCCCUCUAUGGGGCUGGCGAACAUCUCUGUGCUCUUCGGCUUUAUCAACUUCUUCCUGUGGGCUGGGAACUGUUGGUUUGUGUUCAAGGAGACCCCGUGGCAUGGACAGGGCCAGGACCAGGGCCAGAGCUCCAGCCAGGAGAGCGCAGCUGAGCAAGGAGCUGUGGAGAAGCAGUAAGCAGCCCAUCUGGCUCCUCCCGAACUGGACAGCACCUCUUCAACACCUCCAGCUUCCAGGGCCUCCCUCUUCCUCCAGCUCCUUCCCCCCAUCAUUCUGGGUUUUGGGCUUUGUGAUGUCAGACAGGCAGGCACCAACUGUCAGAAACCUGGGCAGCCCUCCUAGUGACUUCCUGUGUCUCCUCUUGCUGAAGCCCCUGCCGGCAGGAGCUCAGGGCUUCUUGAUUACUGCCAGGCCCCACACAUCUCACGUAGGGGCCUACCUGUACCGCCCAGCCUCUGAGUACCAGCCUCUCUGCAGGUGAGAGCUGAGCGCAGCAGAAUCCCGAGACUGGCCCCUCACAGAUAUUUUUCAAUUGCCUGUCCACCGUUCAUGUGGGCAGGCAGUGGCGGGAGCUCCUCCUGGUCCACAUAGCCAGAGCCAGUGCUUCUCCCUUACUUCUCUGGCCUCUGUUUACCCACAGAGCCUAUUGUGUAUAAACCAGGGAAGCCCUCUAUUCUAGAAAAGGGCCCUUAGAGGGACCGCAUGAGGCCUGGACUCAACACAAGCAGACAGACUACAAGUGAGUUGCAACUUUAAGCAAGAAAGUCAGGAAACUUGCUGGCAGAAUCAUUUCUUUCUAUUCACUGAGCACCCCCCCCAACACACACCCCGGCUGGGACCCUGUCCCCCAGUACUACUCUACUUCCUACAGAAGCUCCUUAGCUUUCCUCCUGUCCUUCAUGGUUUGGUCUCAGCUCACACUUGGGACACGCACCGAGAGGCUAGGAGCACGUCCAUGUCAGUCCCUCCCUCCCCAUCUCUGUUCCCCAGCCUCUUGGUUCUGAGGCCAGACCCUUCUUGAAGUCUGUCCAGGCCUUCCUUUUAUUCCCAUGGG